UCCUGCAUAUGACAAGGCCAAGGGCAAGUGUCAACCCUGAGCUACAGACGUCGGUUUGCAGCUGGAAGGACCACGGGAUCGGGAGAAGUCACUUUCGUCUCUCGCCACUACAACCCUGCGUUCUUGUCGCUGCCGUGUUGCGUAGGUAUUCUUUUCAGAGUACCGCGCUUUCAUUAUGAAGGUCGCAUUUGCUUUUGCAGUGGCGAUUGCCUGUUGUGCCGUGCGAGGUAGCCCCAUUGAGAAAACUGGUCACUACAUCCGUGUGGAGGGCGUCAACGCCGUGUGCCAAUCCGCCAAUCUUCACCAUGGUGGAACGAUGGACGUGGACAAGCUGAAGGCUCUCUGCGAUGCCAAUGAGGCCUGUCUGGGAUUCCACUCCAAUGGCAUGCUCAAAAAGGAUACCAGCAUUGGUUGCCAAAGCAACGAUUUGAAUGAGGAUGCAGCACUCUAUCUGAAGAGGUCUGAAUCAGCUGAAGGCACUCAGCUGCCUGUAGUACCCUUGCCUACAUCAGCCACCAUGGGAACCACCGCUGUCACUGUCGUCUCAGACUUUGUGUUUGCGACGAAAACCACCAGCGAGGCCGUCCGUCAGUUCAUGGCGACCGUAUCCGCUGAGUACUGGAGUCUCAUCAUCACCCACAGGUCGGACAAUAAUAAGACAACAACAGGCUUGACUGGCAUGAACAUCAUUGUUGAUAGCACCGACAUGUCUCUGGGAAUGACCACCGAUGAGUCGUACCAACUCAGCAUCCCAUCCAGCGGGGCAGUGACUCUGACGGCGGCAACCGUGUUUGGAGCACGUCAUGGUCUGGAGACAUUCAGUCAGCUGGUGCACUUUGAUGCGGAGAGCGCCACGUACGUGAUUGCUAAUACGCCAAUUGAGGUCGAGGACAAGCCGCGUUUUCCUCACCGCGGCAUUCUGCUCGAUACCGCCCGCCACUACCACAGCCUGCCGGUUGUCAAGCGCUUCAUUCGCUCGCUGGGCCACGCCAAGCUGAACGUGUUCCAUUGGCACAUUGUCGAUAACCAGGCGUUCCCGCUUCAACUGCACACUCUGCCCAACCUUGUCAAGGGUGCCUUUUCGCCGCAGGAGAUCUACACGCCGGAGGAUGUGGCCGACAUCGUCGCCUACGCCAAGCUCCAUGGCGUGCGCGUCAUUCCCGAGUUCGACACGCCCGGCCAUGCCAACUCCUGGUGUGCUGGCUACCCCGAGAUCUGCCCGUCACCGACCUGCACCAUCCCGCUCAACCCCGCCACCAACCGCACGUUCGACGUCAUCGGCAAGCUGAUCAGCGAGUGCAAGGGCCUGUUCACCGACGACUACUUUCAUCUCGGUGGAGACGAGGUGUACACGACAUGCUGGAGCAAGAGCGACUCCAUCCGCAAGUGGAUGGCGCAGAAGAACUUCUCCAUCGACGACACCUACAAGUACUUCAUUGCUGUGACCCACGCCAUGGCGCGCAGACUGGGCCGCAAGAGUAUCCACUGGGAGGAAGUGUUCAACCAUUUCGGUGGCAGUCUCGACCGGGACACCAUCUUCCAGGCCUGGCUGAGCCACGAAACCGCCGCCAAGAUAGUUGCCAAGGGUUACCAGUGUAUCCUGAGCAACCAGGACGCGUGGUACUUGGACCAUUUGAAGAUCACCUGGCAGCAGUUCUACACCAACGACCCGUACAUGAACAUCACGGAUCCCAAGCAGCAGCAGCUGAUGAUGGGUGGCGAGGCGUGCAUGUGGUCCGAGACCGUCGACGACUCCGACCUGUUCAACACGGUGUGGCCUAGAGCUGCUGGUGCUGCCGAGCGCCUGUGGAGCCCGGCCUCGGUGGUGUCCACCGACGCGUUCAAGCCGCGCCUUGAGGGCUUCCGCUGCCUGCUCAACCGUCGCGGCAUUGGCGCGGCCGCUGUCGACAACAAAAUGCCGCGCUCUGCUCCACUGAAGCCCGGCAGUUGCUUCUACCAGUAGUGCACGUCCCUUGAGCCUCGCGUUUCUUUUCGAAUGUUCCCAGUUCUGCUCUCGCUAUUCACUUGGAGAGAGUUUUUAUUGUGGAACCAAGUUCUAGUACAUAAUUGGUUAAGUUCUAGUAAUCCUUAAUUCAUCUUGACCAGCGUGCAAUUUAGAAUCGCUUUGCUUUGUCUUUGCACGGUAGAUGACCUUGGCAACAUAGGGUGACAGGGCCUGAGCAUUGAAUUUUGAAUUUUUGAUCCUCUGGUGCUCGUUCUGUUGCCUUUCGUUUCUUUCUGUGACGAGGCUUCUUCACCUCCGCUGCCUUGGCAUCUUGUGCAAGUACAUUACUUGUAUUUUUUUCACGAUCGAUGGCAUCAAGGCAAGAGGUAUGUAUGAUGGAACCUAGGCUAUGCAUCACCAAUGGCACCAGCAUUUAUUGGUGAUUAUUGAAAUUUAAAUUGUAACUUGGAA